ACCAACACCCCAAAAACCAUAUCCUGCAAAUAACUAAAUAUAACGACCACUUUUCUCAUUACUCAAUUUCACUAGUCAUGACUACAAUAUGUAGCAAGCAGCUUUUCCUGCAGCAGCUGAAAGGAGUCGUGAGCCCGAAACUGCAACUUUCGUCGAAUCUGUUUAGUCCUCGGAUUCAGUUAUCUGAAAACAGUAAAAAUCGCGGUUCUAGGCUAGUUUUAGGUGGUGAUUUUUCAGGGUAUGUUGUUAGUAGAGCAUCUCCAUCAAACAGUAGCAUUACUCCAGCUGGUGAUGAUGAAGAAGGUGUUUCAUUGGGUACAAUGAAACUGCCUAUGAAUACUGAUCUUGUUAGAUUCGAGUCGUUGCUAUUUCAGUGGGCAAAUAGUAUGAGCCAAGGUGCCCAGCUACCACUUCCUAUGCCUCUAAAGGUUGACAAAAUUGAAGGAGGAGUAAGGCUGGGGUUCAUAACAAUCGGUGAUGGUGUGACUGAGGUCCCGGUGUACAUUGACUGUUUGGUAUUUCCUGCAGCGGCUGGAUCAACGCCUUUUUUCAGAGCUGUAAGAGAUGGGCCGAUGAAAGACAAGUCACCUCCCGGUGAGCCUAGAAUCAUGAAAAGCCUUCUUGCCGCCCUUAAGAAGUCGGUUGAAUUAGCUGCCCUUUGAGAAGAAUGUACAUCUUAUUUUCUUAUGAAUAUUAUGAUAUAUCUUGGUUUGGAAAAGUGAUGGUAACUGAAUGUUACAUUUGUUUGCAUUGAAGAAUGACUAUGUUAUGAGUUUCAGAAUUA